AUGCCUGGCACUCGUCUUCUGAAACGCGACUGGGAAAAAGACCACGUCUACCUGGUGCAGUUUCCGCGAGCCGGCUGUAUUCCGUCUCCGUCGCCGUUCUCACUGAAAGUUGAGACAUGGCUUAGAAUGGCCGAUGUUCCUUACACGAAUAUUAGCAACCAAUUCACAAAGAUGUCAACCAAAGGUCAGAUUCCGUUUGUAGAGGUUAAUGGUCGACAAGUGGCCGACAGCAACUUCAUCAUUGACCAUCUUAUCGAAGAAUUUCACAAAAAAAAUAUCGAUGACCGACUAACACCUAUCGAAAAAUCUUAUGCGAGAGCAUUUCAUGCGCUUAUCGAAGACAGCCUUCGAUGGGCGUUGAUCUAUCAACGAGCGCGCGACAACAAAUGGUUAGCUAGUGAGCAGGGAUUUCUGUCACACUUUAGUGGUGUGAAGAAGUUGGCUUUCAAAAACGUGUUGUGCGAGAGACUGCGUAAGCGAGUAAGGCUUCUGUACCAGAUUAUGAAUGCUGUGAUGGCACAAGGAAUAGCAAGAAAUACUCCCGAAGAAGUGGUUAUACUGGCGAAAAAGGAUCUCGACGCGAUGAGCAUCUUUCUUGGCAAUAAGAAAUAUUUCUUCGGAGACAAGCCGACAACGCUCGACUGUACGAUGUUUGCAUUUCUGUCGCAGUUCAUCUACACUCCGCUUGUCACUCCAGAAAUCAGGACGCACAUGGAACAAAAUAAUCAGAAUCUGGUCUGUUUGAAAUGGUUUUUGACAAGAUUUGUUUUGACAGCACACCAUUUCUACCGGUUAAGUGACUCGAUCAAAACACUACUGGUACUGACUACUGCCAGUUUGGAGGCAAUAGCAAUCACUGGCUGA